AUGGAAAACAAUCAAAGAUUCAGCGAUCGACCUACGUCGCUACCGCCGCCGUUUCCUGGCCAGAAUCGAAUGAGCGUACCGGUAUCCUUGCACUCAACCAAAUUGGUUGUUAGACCGCUACCGUCGCUGCCGGUUGAAAUCAUCGCUACAAUCCUCGAUUAUGUACCGGUAUCAACGCUCAUGCGGUGCGCUCGCGCAUCGAAGAAACUUAGGGAGAUGGCUUACGAUGACAGCCGUUGGGUAAACAAGCUCGUCGCCAUGGGUGUUUGGAAUGAAGGGGAGGCACGGAGACGGUUCGAAGACGCCUUAAAGAAGAAGCGAAUUGCGCAGGCGAAAUUUGCCGACGAAGAAAGACGGAGGAGAGCUGCUUCUAUUGGUGCUUCUGUUGAACCAAGAAAAAGCAUUGGCAUGGGGGAUACUCUGUUUGACGUCAAUGAACAUGAGGCAAAAGCUAAUGGGAGCGCUGCCGCUGUGUCGAAAUUGGCACAGGAUGUGGAGUUGAUGGGUUUGAGUACUCAAUCAGAUAUUCAGGCGCCAGUUAAAGAAAAGCCGAAGCUCGUUGGUGUCGAUACAUCGGACCCGACAUUGACUGUUCUUUCGGAUGUGCGUUCUGCAAGAGGGUUUGCAAGGCAGGAGUACGGGAGGGUCUAUGCUGCACUUUGGCCCUACUAUAUCGACCUUGUGAGUGCGAGGAAUCAUGCAGACCCUGUGGUUUUCAGACGGUACCGGAAUCCAGAAGAUCAAGCGGUCAUGUUGAGGCAGCUUGGAGUCUUCAGUGAGAGUGACAGUUCCUUAGGGUGGGCAGAGAGGUCCUCGAGAUUGAACAGUAUGUCAAGUAUUUUCGAGAAUGCAGUUCUACGAGAAUUUGAAGGUGGCUAUGAAGAAUCGGACUACGAUGGAAGGAUGAAACGAUAUGCAAAUGUCCUAAUUUUGCUCAAUGGGGGACAAGGGGCUAUCGACUUGUUUGUAGCUAAACACUACUUGAUGUUUGAGCGAGAGAGACUCGGGAACCCGAUGGACUGCUUCACGAACCUUCAUUCUGCAGACCUCUCCAUGGAACCGGCUCGACGAUUCUUUACGCUGCUUAGCGAGGCUGUAAAUGAGCAAUCUUCGAUAAUUGAUCGGAUAUUUCCACCAGAUGUUGAUGUGAUGAUACCCUUCUUAGAACGUAUUGGGGAGGAUGUCAUUGGCGAAUACAUCAGCCCUCUUCUAGAAGAGACCCAUGAUCGAGAUAUUGAGUCUUAUCUCAAAUGUAUCACCGAUAUUUACUUUAGUGUGGUUCAAUUCUCGAAGUCGAUACACCCAGCCAAAGGAUCUGAAAGGAAUUUUACGGAUGAUAUUACAAAAAUAGUCGUUCGGAUAUUCGAACCGCACUAUGAUACCUAUCUGCAAGAGGAACUCGACCAUUUUCGACGCUUAUGUGAGGAAGAAGUAGAAACUUGGGAGAAAAAGAUCACAGAUGAAUAUACAGCCACUGAAUCCUUCUAUCUCAGCAAUAUCAACCGACAGGCUGAUAAAAUCGACUUCCUUGCGUCUUUCAAGAAAGUCAUUUUGAUGCCUGUGAACGCAAUUCCAUUGCCUCCUAUGAAGCAAAUUAACCUUGCAUUCCCUCUCCCUCUCCCAAUGAAUCCAUUCAUGAGGCCCAAACCGGCAGUAACGGUAGCCCCGCCGUCUAUAUCAGAUGCACCUACCGAUAACCCCUAUGAAGUAACCCCAGACGUGACAGAUAGUCAGGCUGUUGAAAACGCGGCACCCCCGACGCCAAUAUCUGACGGUCGGGUUACUCCCCAACCACAAACUGCCCCGACGACCGAGCUUGCUGCUAAGGCUGCCAUUCUUAACACUCGUAUGGAGGGUAUUCGAACCUUGUUUAGUAUCGAACUUGCACUUGACCUUGUGCAUAAAGCUAAAACUGCUCUGGAACGAGCUGGCUGUUUUGUGAGAUUUCAGGGCCGGAUUGGUGAAGAAGCCAAGGAACAAUGCGAGCAGAUAUUCAUCUGCCUGAUCAAUAUCUUGGGUCAACGUCAUGUCAAAUCUGGGUUUGACAAAGCAGUCACUCACCUUUCGCAAUACAAUCCACGCGAACUCUCUACAGCUGAAGAAGAUGAGCAAGUGAUCGUAAAGCCGCUUGUGCAAUUCAUGGAACUCGUCAAUGUUGGUGAUUUGAUCCAGCAGAUGUUGGAUGUUUUCUAUGAGCAAGAACUAGUUGCGCACAAACUUACUGAUAAGAACGAUUUCCUGAACCCGGCAAUUAAAGAGAAGAAGCGAUUUGAGCAGAUGUUGGAUGAGAGAGUUGCAGCUGGGUUGAAUACUGGUAUCGACGUCUUGAUCAAGGAAGUCGACUAUGUGUUCGCGAAGACGCAAAAACCAACAGACUACAAUCCCGGCAUAGUUGGAGAUCUUGGAUUUCCGACAGAUCUCGGCCCCAGCGAGGCGGCGCGCAAAGUUGUUUCCUUAGUCGCCUCUCACACGAAGCUUCUAGUGGGUAGUACGGACAAGAAUGUCCUUGAUGUGUUUAACCAGGAAGUCGGGAUGAGAUUAUGGUCUUCGAUUUGCAAGCAUCUUAAGAUCCAGCGGAUCAGUAUCGAUGGUGCUAUCGUUCUGAUAAGCGACAUCAACCACUACACCCAGUUCAUUGUCAAGCUUCGCAACUCCGGCCUGACACAAUACUAUAACGCCUUGCGCGAACUAGUGCAAAUCUAUCUUAUCGACCCACAACACGCUAAGCAAAUGGCGGCAGUUAUUGCGGAUGGAACAAGGUUUAAGGGAAUAUUUACUGUAGAAGAAGUAUAUGAGUUUGUCACAAGGCGGAGCGAUUGGUACCAGAUCAAAAAGGAUGUGGAAAAGGCUAUGUACGGGUUCGGGUGUUCAGUUAUGUAG